AGUUGCCAUCGCGGCGUCGGCUGUCAACAAUCCGCGGCGCUGUGAUUCAGGGCUCUGGAGGCUGGGGAGCUGCACUGGGCCACUCAGCCCGCCCGGACCAGGCACCAGCCCGCCUCUCUUCAACGGUUCCCCGUGAAACCGAUGUGUGAUUGUCGCCACCGGGACUCCUCGGACGAACAAUGAGUGGAAGAGAUCUUAGAAUGUUCAUCACAAAUCACAGAGCAGAAGAUGCAGAGAAACUGGUUAUAAGAAUAAGAAAUGGUCUUGGAAGUCAGAAAUACAAACCAAUUGAUUAUCAACAACUUCAAGCACUUGCUGAAGCCAAAAGGAUGGCAUGUCUUGAUACCGAUCGUAAGAUACAGAAAAUUUUACAAACAGCAAAGGUGAACAAAGAGAAUACAAUGAUUAAGCAGCAUCGACAGGCAUUGUGGAAGGAGCAUUCAAGACUAUUGGAAGCUAGGGAAAAGUUAGAAUUGCAUCUUCAGACCUUCCUUGAAGGUGGAAGCAAUGAAAAUGAAUUCCAUUUUGAAAUGAAAAAAUAUGGCGUAUUAUUGUGGAGAGACCAAGAAGCCUUUAAGAUAGCUACAGUAGAUCCCAUCCAACAAUUAAAGAAAGACUUGAAACAAAAACAAAUUGAAAUGCAGCAUUAUACUUUGCAGCAAAGCUCCCAAAAGGAUGGAUUUAAUUCCAGUCAGAUAUUACAAGAGGUGGCAUAUGUGAAAGAACAACAGAAGGCCAUAACAGACAAGCUUGAACAAGAGAGACAGACCUUGGAAGAGGAAAUCAAAAAUAUUGAAUUGGAGGAAGAAAUUCCCUCUCAUCUUGAUGAGAUUCCUGAGGAUGUACAUCAUUUGAAAUGCCCCUAUCCUGACUUAAAGGCUUCUGUCCUGCAGGAGUUCCAGAAUCUCAAUGCAAAAUAUAAAUCUCAGCUAGAGGAGAUCAAUCAACAACUUAAGUUUGCUGACAGGAAUUGUGGUUGGAAAGAAGAAGAACAUUGGACUUUUCAAGUUAUUGCGGAUCUGUAUUCUCAUGAGACACAGAAUCGAAACAUGCUUUACCUGGAUAUGAUGAAGAGGCUGCUACCACAUAAGACCAAGCGAGAUAUGAUUGAUCAUUGGAGAUUAUGGGAUGCAUUUCAAUAUAAGAGAGAGCGCUGGAAGAUAUUGAUUCAGAGCUGGGCCCGAGACAAGAAAGACCUGCUGAUGAAGACAGUGAUGAUUUUUGCUGAAGCCUGUAUUGCUCAUGAGGCUGAGAUGAUACAAGCAUAUGACAGACAGAAGCAGCAGCAAAUCUGUGCUGAAUUAAAUGAAAAGGUUCAACAAAUGCGUGCACAUCAAGAAGAAAUGGCUAGACUGGAAGCUGCUAUUUCUGCCCAGAAAAAAGAGAGAGAGAUAGAGCAACACAAAAAAGAAGCAGAAAAGGAAAUGUGCCGUAGAGCCAUUGAUAAAGAAAAGAUAAAGCAAAGCCAUGCUGAGAAGCAACGAACAAGGGAAAAGUUAGAACAAAGAUACCAACAGCGACUUGAAGAACUGAAAAGUGAAAUGGCCAAGCAAGCAGAAAAGGACAGGGAGAGGGUGAAGUACAGACAGGAGAUGUUGCAGACACGCCUUCAAGAAAAGAAGGCAAUCAUUCUGAAGAAAAUGCAAGAAGAAGAGGAACAUCAGAAGUAUCUUGAUGCUUACUGGCAAAAGUUUACUGUUACAAUAGAGGCUGAUCCUGUCAGGAUGAUGGGUGACACAGAAGCAUCAAAAGCUCGGUUUGGAUUUGGGGCACAAGAAGAAGAUUUGCUCCAAAAGCCACUAUUUCAUUUGUCUACAUACACUGAUAAACAGAUAGUAGCUGACCCUCGUAUUCGAAUUGAACAUGCACUUCGAGAAGCAGGACUUCACAAUACUUUUUAUGCAAGAGAGGUUUUAUCAAAGAUCCCUCCAGCAAGACCACCAAGAAGAGAUAUGGAAUCUACUAUUUUUAAGGACUGAUUUUCCUCAAGCCCAAGCUGUUUCUUGACGAACAUCGACACUAUCUUUUGUGGACGCCUUUGGUACUCAAGUAGAACUUCGUGUGGAGAUGUAAUCUGGUCACCAUCAAACCGAUUAAUAAAGUCACACAGACAAUAGCAGCUAAAAGAAAAAAAAAGUAAUAUGCAUCUCACUUUUAAAAUGUUGACCUUAUGUUAUUUCCAAAAUGUGGAUAUGGAAUUUAUUGUUUUAUGCAUAGAUAAAAUUAUCAAUUGCUUACAAGGUUUUGCUACUUUGUGGUGAACUCAGAGUUCACAGUUAAUGCUAUGGUGUACACCAGGUAGCUUGCAAUUCUGGACUGUGGUGCUGAUGGCAACAUCUUGUAAAAAAAAAGGGAAGUAAGAGUUGGAGAUGAUUGUGAAGAAGGAUCUACCGGAGGAGGGGCUGAGCCUGAUGGCAAUAGCUUCAGCACCGCAUCAGGGUGAACGAAGACCUUUGUCGACCCUAGCAGCUAUCUGUUGGAAAAAUGAUAAAGGCAAAAUCCUGGCAGGCAAGGGCUCAGCAAUCUGUUAUGUGUCACAGUGACCUUCAGAAGAAAGCCGCCUUCCCUCUGCCCGGCCAGAGUCAUUUCGUCAGCUUUUUCAGUGUUAAGAGUAAAAUGUAUUUAGUCAAAACUCCAGUGCUUUUAUCUGCUGCUGUGUUAUAUAUUCUGUGUUUAUGAUAAGAAUAUUCCACUGUAUAACUAAUUUGUACUGGGAAUGUAGCACAAAGGUUAAUCAGCUGACACUUUUCACUUUGUCAGCAUGAAUAUCGUGCUUUUGAGUAAUUCUGCUGCUAAUGUGAUAUAACCCUAAACUUUAUCCAGCAGAAAUGUUGUGAAUAUAGAAAAAAUGUUCAAUAAAAAGCAUUAAAAAAAGAACUGCAAAUGAAACUACAUGUAAAUUUCCAACUUUAGAGCACCUUGAUACAUGAACAUUUCUUACUACAACUUCAAAGGAGCAUGGAAAGUAAUAAUGAUCAAAGCCUAUCAUUUCUGAAACUUUAAUGUUUUUAUAUUUUUUGCAUGAAACCAGGGGUUUCAGUGAUGCUUUGGCAUUGAAUGAGCCAUGCUCUUUGAAACUCAAGAUGAAUCAAACCACUGCAGCUCAGUGGGAAACAAGUGCAGGGCCAACACUCCCCAAUUCUCUCAACUUUCUGUCUGUAGCACACCUGGAGUGAAACUAAAACUCUACCUUCAUGGUGACAGCAAUAAUGGUUUUAAGGUAAAAUUUCAGUUGCAGUUGUUUAAGAACCAACCUAAUCUGGUAUUUUCAGUAAGCAGUAAUUUACUUUAAAUUUAAGUAUACAAUUAAGGUUUCUUUUUGCUCCUCCGUCUCCAAGGAUGAUUGUCAUAUUUAUUUCUGGUGUUUGGAAUUAAAUUUCCACUUUGGUUUAAAUUGCUUUUUCCAAAGAUUGAAUCUCACAAGAAAAUAAAUUAUACAGGCAAGUUUAUAUCCGUGGGCAACAUGAAAAUUUUAGAUGAAACAUAUUGUUUCAAUCAUAACCUUAAAUUCAGAUAAAAGAUACCUCAAUUUAAUGGGUUAUUAGCUUGGGAUUGAGAAAAAAAAUAAAUCGCAGACAAGAUUUUAAAAAAAGUCAAAAUGUAAAAAAAUUAAACGUCAAAAAGUGAUCUACAAGAAUUUAAAUAUGAUGAACUUCAGAUAUCUACAAUGUCAAGUUUAUUCCAUUUUCUCGAGUAACAAUUAAAAAUGUGCCAGCUUAUCCUGUGCUUACAAAUCUUGUACCUUUUAGAUUACAACUAUGGCACAUUGCAGCAAAGACAGUGGACUCCAUUUCAAUGUUUCUAACACCAGCUCUAUGGA